CAAUAUGACACCAGCAAUUAAAUUUCAAAAUUUUGAGGAGUGAAAUAAUAAACGUUUAUAUACACCAUGUGGAUCGCACUUUUUUUAGUGUUAUGAUUUAUAUGUGUUUUAAUCGAUGACGACUGUCAAUUAUGCACGAUUAAAUAUGCGAUGACUCGUGUGUUGCCGAUAAGAAAGGUCGUGGCCGUCGUGGAAGUGUACCUUUGACCGCGACCAAGUUUAAUACCGCAAUGAAUUUCGCAUCGACUGCAUGUGUGAUAAAAGUUCAGUUUUUUCUCUUCACAAAGUGCAAUCGUGUCGGCAUAUAAAAUUUUAAACAAUAAAUUUAAUUUUGGCAAAAACAAUAUUUUUUUCUGCUCGCCUUUCCACCCUCUCUCGUCGAAUGUGAAUCGACGGAAAUCAGUGCACAGAAUUUCUCGUCUUCACACGACUGUACGAACAUGCGGCGUGAACAAGUUUGACGUCUGAUUCAGGCCAGAACCGCUGAUGCAUGAACAUCAUUGUUCUUAGUGUCUCAGAGUUAACAACAUGAUCUUCUGUUUUACGUCUCCGUGGGUCAGUGUCGUGUCGCUCUAGAUUCCUCUUCUCUAGAUCUACUUUAUCAUCGUCUUCGCGACUGUUGGAAACAAAUAGUUUGAGAAAAAUUGUACUUGCGCUUACUGACUGAACGGGAUUUCAGUUUGGUAUGUGCACAUAAAAUAUGAAAAAAACAUAUCGUAGUUUACAACAAUGACAGUGUUAGGCGCGGAUAAGAAGUAUCAUAGUGUGUAAAGAAUUCAAAAAUGCGUAAUUGAGUGCGUGAUUAUCUCAGUAAUGUCAGUAGUGUUUAUAUGUAAUUUCGAGAAGUGUUCAACUGUGCGUAUGAAGCUCAACAUGGUGAGCACAAAUUCGUCCUUACGGGCGGUUACCCUCAAUCGCAUGAGAAAUACGUUUUGCGGAAUACCUAAAGUUGAAAUUGAACGCAGAACUAACGCGCUCCUGCAGUCUAUGACGAUAGAAGAACUUUAUGCUGCCCUGGUGUAUAUGACACAACAUCAAAUCGGUUUUGACGUUUCCAAAGAGUGCGGCGAGGAAACUUUGUUGAAUCAUUUACAAAAUGCUUUUAAAGUCGAUAACGAAACGCACGAGAGAGUAUUGGAACACACGCGAAAUCUUGAACCACCAGAAUUGCAUCUCAAUGUUGAAGUAAUUGAAGCGAAAGAACUGGUGUCUAAAGAUUCCAACGGUAAAAGUGAUCCCUUCUGUGUUCUCUACCUCGAAUCGGCGCCUACUAGAAGAUAUAACACUGCCGUAAAAACCUGCACUCUUAGCCCCGUCUGGGAAGAACAUUUUGAAUUACCAUUGGAAGAUCCUGAAAACGACGUUUUGUGUCUUGAAGUGUGGGACUUUGACGCUGCUGAAACCGUGCCUGAAAAGAUGAGCAAAGUCAAGGAUGUUAAAGGAGUUCGUGGUUUGGUUAAAUUAGCAAAGGAAAUUGCAGUAACUGCCACGACAGGUAGUCACGAUAACGAAUUUAUUGGACGAUGUCGAAUAUCGCUGAAGGAUAUACCGACAACAGGACACACUAUGUGGUAUGCUUUAGAGAAAAAAAACAAAACAAAACGACGAGGCGUCGUAAAGCUGCGAUUGGCCUUCAGCGCGGAACAUAAUGCGCAAGUGGCCGCGCAAGAACAUCGACACCUGCUGCGAGUGUUACUACUUCAUGAGAUUGAAACAGAAAAAAUCGAAAAAUACUGUUGGUGCGGUCGUUGGUCGGGGCCGGCGGAAGCUCUUCUUCUUCAACACAGCGCGCAGCGUGGUUUACUAGCUAGAAAUCUCACUCUUGCACAAUGGGUUGAAUAUGCCAGGAUUCAUCAAGAGCAUCCAUUAAGUUUUACUGUUUUCAAUAAGCUCGCGAUCGAUUUACUCAGGCCAAUGGACGGUGGUUUGUUUUCUGCUGACGAAACCAGACUCUUCUGGGAUGCCACUAAGAAAGUACUGUAUUCAUGUUUAAAUAGUAUACGAAAAAUUCGAAGACUGACUUUGGAGGAUAAAAACACCAUGGUGCAACUAUCCGCUAUUUUAGGGAUAAUAUCAUCUAUAUCCUCCCUGAAAGUUCCUGACGAUAUUGACCUUUUUCCAGUCAAAAUGUAUUCUUGGUUUCCUCACGAAAUUGAUAGUCUUAGAAUAGACGUACUACAAGGUUUAGAAUACACUAUUAUACAAGGUUGCGCCGAAUGGUUUGAACACAUAAUAAACAAUAACUCUCCAGAAACGGAUUCGGACGAAGAUGCGCUCAAAUAUUAUAUCAAGGUAAUUCAAUUGAUUAGAGCUGACUUACAGAAAGCCAUUGAUAAUUACGACAAAUUAUUCAUAAAAAGAGUCAACGUUCCGUACGCGAGGCUGUUGUAUAUUACGUAUGAAAAAAGAAUUAGCGACAUGUGCACCAUUAUCAUAGAAGAUGUGUGCGCUAGAUUGAAGCGAAUUGAAGUCGACAGCACUGACAAUGAAGAGUUGAGCUUAGGAACAACUCUUUUUGAACUGUAUCUUAUGCUCCAAAGAUACGCUGUACUUGGUCAGAUACUUUGUGCCGAAGGACAGCUGGAAGAUAUGAAAAUACAAAAUUAUUACGAGUGGUUCCGAAGUGGUGUCGCGCACUGGCUUGACAUCGCAGUUUACAAAGCACUUAAACGUAUCGAUCGAGCGGUCGAGAUCGACACCUUACAAGCGGUUGACAGUAGCGUUCAGUACAGCUCAAGUGCUGUAGAUACAUUAACGACAUUCUAUCAAAUUAAAGUGUUUUGGACGCAAUUAGCGUGGCCCGAUGUUGAAGGUUCUUACACGUUUAUAGCAAAGAUUAUCGAUGAUAUUUGUAAGUGUUCCAUUGCGUACGCCGACAAGAUGGCGAAAAAGGCGGAAAUAACUACGGAAUUGGAACAACUGUCGCAGAGUAGCGUUUACGAGAAAAAGUUCACAAUAUCAACGGCUUGGUGCUUUGCGAUCAAUAAUAUAGACUAUAUUAGAAUAUCAAUAGCACCGUUGGCCAAAGACUUGGGACUGGAAAAUAUUGUCGAGGCUUUGAGGGAGCACAGAACUCACGAAGAGGCCGAUCGUUGUCGACAAACGCUUCACCUUAUUAUCGACAACGCGGCGGAUACUGUAAAGAAUAAGAUCAUAGAUUUGAUGGAAGUCGUAGCUAACAAAAUGUCUCCUGCAAUGAACAGGUAUCUCAUAGAAGGUGCCGAAUUGAUUGAUACGACUAGCAACGCAAUGGAUCGUCUAUUGCAGUAUCUAGACACUAACUUGACAACUUUACAUGAUAAUCUCAAUGAGGACAACUUUAACAGAGUUCUCCUAGUGAUAUGGGAAAUCAUGUCGCAGACGUUGUACGAGCUAGUCGACACUAAUUUGGAGAAACGGCGACCGCCAGCAUUUUACUCGAAUUUGCAUCGAACUCUUCACACGCUCAUCCGAUUCUUCAACCUCGGUGCCGAUGAAACAUCGAAUGUUCAAGUCUUAGAGAAAAUCGAGCGUCUUUUAAAAUUACACGGUCUCGAAACAGCCGAGCUCAUACAUCGCUAUCAUCAAGAACGUCUUGAACAACAAGAGGAAAUAGAAAAUCCCGUUUACGGUCUUAUCACAGUUAAAGCGCAUUUCAUCGACAAUUCGUUAAAUAUACAGAUUCUAAAUGCGAGAAACCUUCAUUGCAUGGACAAUAAUGGCGAUUUUAUAAGCAAGCUGUCUACUUUCGAGCGCAAACUGCACUCAAAAUCUAAACAAAGACUGAAAGAAGGGAAGACAAGCAAGUGCGAUUCCUACGUCAAAAUCAGAUUGUUACCCGAGGAAAAGUUCGCUGAUAUCAAAGCGCCGAAAACACACGUACAAAAAGAAACGCUUUUUCCUCUUUUUGACGAAACGUUUAACAUUUCUCUUACUCCGGAACAAAGAGCCGUGGAAGACGCUAUAGUGGCAUUCGAAAUAAAGGACAAAGACUUUCUCAGAUCGAGAUUUAUGUCUGAAGCCUUCCUACCGUUCAGCAAGAUUCCUACCUCUGGAACAAAUACUGACUUUGCAAUUUUAGACCAAGUUCAUUUGAAACUUUCUCGUCCAACCAAAACUAGUACGGACGUCAUUCGCGCAUUGGAGCAUCGAAAGGGUGACAAUCAAGCGAUGGAGUUUAUUUCAAGGCUUAACACUAAAGCGAACUCAAAAUGAUUUAUGUGGAGCUUCAAUGUAAAUCUACGUUGAAGUAAUUGUUGAAAGUACACAAUUCAAACUAUGUUCAAGCAAUUACUUAUUUUUUAUGAGAAACGUAUCGAUGUUAAAAGGCCAUGUUCUUGUGAAGAAGUUGCUAUAAAAAGUGUUUGUUAAGUAUGUACUUUAGCCAAUGUUCUAUCAUAAACUUGAUAGAACACUCUUAGCGCGAUAAUGCUAAUGAGUGUUUCAGGGCUGUGUAUAGUUUUAAUUGGUUUGGUACUUUCGAAAACAUCUUUUGUCGCAUUUUAAAACCUUGAAUAAUAACUGUAAGUCUGAAAAGCUGCUGCUUAUUUUUGGAAAAGCAAUAUUUAUAUUUAUUACAAAGAAAUAAUUAUAUAUAAUAAGUAAAUAAAUAAUCAUAUAUAAUAACUAUAUAUAUGUAUACUUAAAGACUUUUCUAACGCAAAGCUCAUGAUAAAUUCAUAAUAUUACAUUAUAUAAAUUCGGAAGAGAAUUUUUUAUAUUGUAUAUGUGUGUAUGUAAUAUUGUUAUAAUAUAUUCAGCUACACU